AAAUCCUCAUCAGUCACUUUGUGGGAGCUGAGCCUGUGAGUGGGAGCGAAACUUUAAUACUUUCUCCGGUUCUCUCUUCACAGAUUGUCGGACAGGAUGAGCCACGUGCAGACAUCACGGUGAAACCUCUUCCUUCACUGUUGGCGUCCUCACACUUCCGUGGAGACUGAAGCUGGUCUGCCUGCGACCAUGACGUCCAAGUCAACGUUCCUGAAGGUGAUCCUUCUGGGGGACGGCGGCGUGGGAAAGUCGUCCCUCAUGAACCGCUACGUCACCAACAAGUUCGACUCGCACCUCUUCCACACCAUCGGCGUGGAGUUCCUCAACAAGGAGCUGGAGGUGGACGGGCACAACGUCACGCUGCAGAUCUGGGACACGGCGGGUCAGGAGCGCUUCCGCAGCCUCCGCACGCCGUUCUACCGCGGCUCGGACUGCUGCCUGCUCACCUUCAGCAUCGACGACCGGCAGAGCUUCCGCAACCUGGCCAACUGGAAGAAGGAGUUCACUUAUUACGCUGACGUCAAGGACCCGGACAACUUCCCCUUCGUGAUUCUGGGCAACAAAGUGGACGUGCUGGAGCGCCAGGUGUCAGGCGAGGACGCCAGGCGCUGGUGCGGAGAGAAUGGCGGACACCCGUACUUUGAGACAAGCGCCAAGGAUGCUACGAACGUGGCGUCGGCCUUCGAGGAGGCGAUCCGCGGUAUCCUGGCGAUGGAUGACAGAGCGGAUGACCUCAUCCACACCAACACGGUGGACUUACAGAGAAAGACUCGCCCGAACCCCAGCUGCUGCUGAGCCGAGGGAAACGCCCCCGGCUCACGUGAGGCUCCAUGCAGUUUGUGGUUCGGCCAAAAGAGGAACUGGUGUUUGCUCAGCUGCGUCUGAACAUUCUGCGGUGUUCUUCUCACUUCAGCCUUUUUAAGACAGAUGAAAACAUUUCAAAGAACGGAAGACACUCGGUGCCAAUUUUCAGGAUUUCCUUUUUUACCAUCAAGGGACCGGAAACCUCCGUGGACCAGCUCGAAGUUCGGAGACUCGGUUAUUACUUGAUGAAAAGCAAUA